CCCUCUUCAACUGAUCAUGUCGAUCGAAGAAGAAUCAAUGGAAAUCACACAGAUAUCGCAUCCACUCACCAAGAAGGAAGCAGAGAACAACAUCACAGUGGCAUCCGAAGGACCACCAAGCAAGAGUGACAAUGUAUCCCAGGAAAUCAAAAACCAGCCAUCGAAGCUAUCGACCAUCCUCAUGAUCAUCUUCUCAGCCCUCGCGAUCGGAUCCGACGGUUUCAACGCCUCAAUCAUCGGUAACGUCGAACUAGUUAUGGAAGUAAUUUAUCCAAACUCCCUCACCACGUCAAUCGCCUCACGGCUAUCCAAUUCUUUCUUGGUAGGUAUGAUAUUUGGGAUGCUUUCGUUCGGAUACAUCUCAGACAGAGUGGGACGCAGGGCUGGCGCGGUACUGACGACUUCGAUUCUGGUCGUUGGAAUAGCGUUGAGUGCUGGUGCUAGCGGCGUAACGCAGAAGGGCAUGUUCUGGAUGUUGAUUGUUGCACGAGGAAUUGCUGGAGUGGGGGCUGGAGGAGAAUACCCCGUAGCAGGCGCCGGUGCCGCAGAAGCGACUGACGAAGAAUCCAAGACCCGCAAUCGCAGAGGAAUCAUCAUGGCCAUAAUCUCAGAUGCAGGAUCAUCUCUGGGCUGGGCAUUCGGAGCCCUCAUACCUCUCAUCUUGCUACUUUGCUAUCACCAGGAAAUAAAGCACUACAAUGCCGUAUGGCGCAUCUCUCUAGCUACAGGCGUCAUACCACCUCUAUCCAUCUUCUGGUUCCGAUACAAGAUGAUGGCCAGUUCGGUUGAGAGGAAAAGCUCUAUGAGAAAACAAAGAGUACCGUAUCUACUAGCGGUGAAGAAGUACUGGCGACCUAUGUUGGGAUGUUGUGCGUCUUGGUUUCUAUAUAACUGGAUAGCCUACCCCUUCGGACUAUUCUCUUCCACGAUCCUGGAUCGGGUAAACCCCUCAUCCUCUCUUGUCCUUAAUAUGGCCUGGGGGACGAUCAUAAAUUGCUUCUACAUCCCCGGUGCGUUCAUUGGCGGUCUCAUCUCCGAUCGAAUUGGCCGACGAAAGACCAUGGCCUUAGGCUACACCCUCCAAGCUCUUCUAGGUUUCAUCUUGGGAGGAGCAUUAGGACCAAUCGAGACAAUACUUCCUCUCUUUAUCGUUCUAUAUGGAAUCUUUCUUACGUUGGGUGAAGUUGGGCCUGGAGCUACCAUCGUUGUGACUACGACGGAGAGUUUUCCAACUGCUCUUCGUGGUCAUGGGGUAGGUUUCGCUGCGGCGUGGAGCAAAGCUGGUGCUGCUAUCGGAACGCAGGUUUUCAAACCGAUUCUGGCUAGCUGGGGCGAUGAUUCUCUUCGCGGGACUCAGGCUGUGUUCUUGAUUGGAUCGGGAUUUGCGGUUUUAGGUGCGCUGAUAGCUUGGUUUGUGAUUCCAGAUUUGGAUAAUCGUCUGGGAAAUGUAGAUGAGGAAUGGAAGGAGUACCUGAGGGCUAACGGCUACGAUAAUAUCCAAUGGGGCGAUGGAAAGACGAAUGACCAAUCUACGGAGAAGGGUGUUUCAUGUUAG